AUGAGACAGGCAGUGGAGGCGCAGGUGUUGACCUCCCACUGUGGACUAGGAGAGCAUGGCCUGCGUCAGAUCCUGACAGAUGUGAUAGAGGAGGUGAGACAGUCAGUUCACAAGGAUAUCAGUGGGGCAGAUCUCCUCUACAGCCUCCUCAACGCUCCGUGGCUGCAGUCCCUGCUCAAGGUCCACGAUUGUCUGCAGAGAUUUCAGAAAGACAGCCCGACACCGGCUCUCAACUACGCCUCUGGACUUUCACUUCAGUUGUUGAUCGACAUCCGAGCGUCGCCUGGCUGUUCAGACGAAGCCAGAGAGCUCUACGGUCUACUGAGACGGCCUCAUGUCCAGGCGCUCCUGUCGGCCCAUGAUACGGUAGCCCAGAAGGACUAUGAGCCCGUCCUGCCUCCCAUGCCGGAGGAACUACCGGAGGAUGAGGAGGCCACCAGGAUCGUCUGCCUGGUGAAGAAUAAACAGCCGCUGGGAGCGACUAUAAAGAGAAAUGAAAUCACAGGAGAGAUUUUUGUGGCUCGUGUGAUUCAUGGAGGACUGGCAGAUCGAAGUGGUCUGCUGCAUGCUGGGGACAGGAUCAUUGAGGUGAAUGGUUUUCCAGUGGAUGGAAUGGAGCCUGAGCAGGUCAUCCAAGUGGUGGCCAGGUCUCAGGGCACCAUCAUGUUCAAGGUGGUACCCAUCACUGAGCGGCCAGUCCACAACCAGACGAUGUUGUACGUGCGAGCCAUGGCGGACUACAGCCCUCAGCAGGACCCCACCAUCCCCUGCGCCGAUGCCGGCAUGGGCUUCAGGAAGGGCAACAUACUGGAGAUCGUGGAUCAGACUGACACUCUGUGGUGGCAAGCCAAGAAACUACCCAGUACAUCCGCCUGCGCCGGCCUCAUCCCCUCCACCAACCUGCUGAAAAGGAAGCAUAGGGAGUUCUGGUGGUCUCAGCCUUAUCAGCCUCACAGCUGCAGCCACACCUUGAGCACUGUGGAUGAAGAGGAAGACCUGAUGGCCAUCGAUGAUAAAUGUGUUGAAGCAGAUGAAGAGGCUUUUGAAUCCGAAGAGCUCAGAGAAGAAGAGGGGGAAUUUAGCAGCAAUGUUGAAGGAGUUUACUUGGCCGGCUUCAGGCGCAGCAUGCGUCUGUGUCGCCGGCGCUCUCACAGCACCAGUCUGCCCUCCUGCCACACCCGCUGCCCCAGCAGCUGCCACAGUGCCCUGGCCAGCCCUUACGAGGAGGUGGUACGCUACCAGCGCCACCCGCAGGACAAACACCGCCUCAUCGCCCUCCUGGGUCCGUCUGGUGUCGGCGUCAACGAACUCCGGAGGCGUCUGAUUGAAAUCAACCCCAACAUCUUCCAGGGGCCGGUGCCUCAUACCACGCGACCCCCGAAGAGUUAUGAAGAAUCAGGCAGAGAGUAUUACUUCACCAGCCGAGAGGUGUUCGACAACAUGGUCUACAAUAACAGGUUUCUGGAAUAUGGGGAGUACAGGGGUAAUUUCUAUGGCACCAGCAUCGAGGCUGUGAGAGAGGUUUUAAGCAGUGGGAAGAUCUGCGUCAUUGACAUCGAGGCAAACGCCAUUCAGGCAGUGAGGACCCACGACUUGAAGGCCUACGUCAUCUAUGUGAAGCCCCCGCCUAUAGAGCGCCUGAGAGAAACCAGACAAGACGCACAGAUCACCACCAACUACUACGUCAACCGAACUUUAAAAGAUGAGGACUUUGUGGAGAUGGAGGACGCUGCCAGAAAGAUGGAGUCUCACUACUUUCAGUUCUUUGAUCAAGUGAUCGUCAACGACGGCCUGCAGGACGCCUGCGUGCAGCUGCUGACGGUGGUGCAGAGGGCCCAGGAAGAACCCCAGUGGGUCCCCGCCGCCUGGAUACGACCCACGGACAAGUCCUGA